UACAGCGUUAAACCAAAAUGGGUGAAUGAUUAAAACCAGGUCUGAAAUUUAAUUGGAUUAACUAGCUGUGAUACGUAAAAAGAGACUUUGAAUAGAAAGCAAAAUAAGUUGACGUUUCCUACACAUAUAUAAAAGCUCUGUCUUUCUGCGAAAUUUCUGCUCACCUAAAUCCGCGGAAUCUGAUUUCUUUUCCCGGGGCUUCUCUCUCGCCGGAAAAGCCUUGUAAUUUUGAUUUCAAUUCUUUCGGAUUUUAUUAUUAUUGUCGGAACUGUUGGAAUUCUCGGGAGCUCACGGAAUCAAUGGGGACUCCGGAAUUUCCAGAUCUGGGGAAGCACUGCUCCGUCGAUAUUUGCAAGCAGAUCGAUUUCUUGCCCUUCACCUGCGACCGUUGUCUCCAGGUGUUUUGUUUGGAUCAUCGGAGCUAUAUGAAACAUACUUGUCCAAAAGGGGACAGAGAAGAUGUGACCGUGGUUAUCUGCCCGCUCUGUGCUAAAGGAGUCAGGCUAAACCCAAACGAAGACCCAAAUAUCACAUGGGACAAACAUGUCAACACCGACUGUGACCCAUCAAACUACGAAAAGGCCACAAAGAAGAAGAAAUGUCCUGUUCCAAGAUGCAAGGAGCAGCUUACAUUCUCCAACACCAUCAAGUGCCGUGAUUGCAACAUCGAUCACUGCUUAAAACACCGUUUUGGACCUGACCACACUUGUCCUGGACCCAGAAAACCCGAACCAAGUUUCCCAUUCAUGGGUUUCCUGAGUAGUAGUGGUAGUAGCAGAAAAGAAGCUAAAACAACAAGACCCAAGAAAGCUCCUGCAUCAACUUCAUCUUCUUCUUCUUCUUCUUCUUCUUCAAGAUGGUCUAAUCUUCUUUCUUCAGCAGAAGCUGGAAUUAGCAGACUCGGUAACGACAUUAGCCAUAAGCUUCAUUUUUCGAGCAGCACCAAUGACGGUACCGUGGAGGUGUGUCCACAGUGCGGUGCGAAAUUCUCUUCGGUUGCUACUCUUGUGGAACAUGUAGAGAAUACGCAUGAGAGGAACAAGAAGCAGAAUCAUGGCAAAGCCACGGUCGAUGUUUGCCCUAAAUGUAGCAGAGGAUUCCGUGACCCAGUGGAUCUUGUGAACCAUAUGGAAAGAGAUCACCGAGGUACUUCUAGAGCAUAGUGCCUCACUCACAUUUCUUGUGAGAUACUCCAACAUUUCUUGAAAGACUCAUGUCUACAAAUGUAGACUAAUUUUUUGCAUAUGAAAACUUAGUGUCUCUGGAUUAUCAGUUCUGUUUUCCAUGUACGAAAGUUUCACAUGUUCUUCUUAUAAACGGUUUAUUUUCUUGGGGUCAAACUCUUAACCGUGUAUUGUCUAAUGAAGUCAUCAUUAGCGCGAGUUAUCCGCGGGAAUUUUUACCUAAUUUACGCGGUAAUUAAAAACAGAUUGCCGACCCCACGUGC